CAAUACCAAACAUGAUCCAAAUUGCAGCCAUUGUGGUACUCUUCUUUCUACAGUGCCAGGCUGAUAUGCCACCGGUACAGAAAGAUUUUGACCAGAACAAGAUCUUAGGUACUUGGUUUGGAAUUGCCGCAGCAUCCAACUGCAAAGCCUUCAUGCAAAUGAAAAAAGAGCAUAUGCCGUCUCCCGUUAUUAUCUUUUCACUGAACAAGGACCACAUGAAGUGCACAAUGGCCUUUCAGACAAAGGAUGGUUGUCAGCAAAUGGAUGUCGACAUGACAAUUGUGGAAGAAGGCCACUAUAAAAGUAAAACCGUUCACGGGGAUAAUGAAGUUGUCAUGGCUGGGACUGACUAUGACACAUUUUUAGUGGAAUUUACGAAGACCCAGAUUGGCCCAGACACGUGCAUGACUGUUAAACUUUGGGGGAGAAAAGACAAGCUUUCCGAUGACAGAGUUAAACAGUUUGAAGAUCAUCUCAAGGAUGUGGGUCUCCAGGUCCAAAACUAUAUAAAAUUUCAUGAUAAAGUGCUCAACUGGGUGAAGAUCUGCCCUGCAACCGAGCAACUUGUUUCCCUAAAGGUGUCUAGUAUGCCUGCCACCCGCUUUCCAGCCAGAGUAUCCCAGGUUGCUAAAAGCCAGUUAAGGAACGCCAAUGCCGACCCUUCGUCUUAUAUUUUAUCUACAGAGCUUGCAGAGGGCGGCAUGCACCAUCACUAUUUCUUGCUCGGGCAGAAGAAAGGCUAG